UUUAAUCAUUUCUUACAGAUAAAACUCAAUCAUGGAGCACAAAGCGCAGCUUGAGAACAUAAAGUACAGAAACUGGGUGAGAGCAGGUCUUGGUAUAAAAUACGUAAAGGAAGGUUUGGAACCAUUCUGUGACCACCUUGUUAACCAGCAACAUGUUGCUAUCUUAAAGAAAGUUAAACAGAAACACAAUCUUUCGGCAGUGUCAUGUGGACUUUGCGAUGUACACACACUUCAGCCUGACCAUGUCCAAACUAAAACUAGGCAGUGUCCUCUUGGCCAAAUGUACUGUAACUGUCUACAUCCACGAGGGAAAAUUUCAUGUCCAAACAAGGUAUGUGGCGCCAUCUACGAUGAAAUAAUUCAACUCCAUGCUUCAACCCCGCCAGCUCCAAACUGGAAAAACACGGACGCACAGCAAUGGUCCACUGAACAAUGGACUGUCGCAAAGUGUUUCAUAAAUGCUCCGGGAUAUGAAGCAAAGAAAAGUAGAGCGGCAGAGUUUGACUGUCUUGGUUUGUUGCAUGUUCUGAUAAACAACAUAGAAUUUCAACAACACAUCAAGUGUGAGAUAACUGAUACAGAUGUUUUCUCAAGGGUACGCAAGUCUAGAAACGCUAUAUUUCAUUCUAACAGUAUGGAACUAGAAAACACUGAGGUUAACAGUUAUAUAGAUGAUAUGAUAGAACUGUUGGAAGAUGAAACCGAAAUAAAACACAGACAAGAAUCUAAAGAUGCUGUCAAAAAACUAGUAGAGCUAAAGCAGGAUGCUUUCUUUAUAUCAACAAAAGACGAGGCCGAAAUCCGUCGUGUUGCCAUGGCUGCAAUCAACGAGAAGGAAAGAGAGCUUGAAAAAACGGUAGGUGAUGCAGGAAAUGAACUUAGAAAUACAGCUGCUGAAGGAAAACGCGAGCUUGAGAGUAAAGGUUUAGAUAUUAAUUCUGAACUCGAGGCGACAGGACAUAACAUCCGGAAGGAAUUGGUGAUGAAAGAAGAUGCAAUAAAAACUGCAGCUACUGAAGGCAUAAAUGUUGUCGCAGAGAAAGGUUUAGAUAUUAAAUCUGAACUAGAGGAGACAGGACAGAACAUCAGAAAGGAAUUGUUGAAGAAAGAAGAUGAAAUACGAUCUACGGCUUCCGAAGGCAAAAGCGGUAUUGAGGGAAAAGGUUUAGAUAUCAAAGCUGAACUCGUGCAGACAGGAAAGAAACUUGAACAGCAUUUAACCCAAAUAAAAAAACAGCUGACGAUGAAAGGAAUAGAAACAAAAGAGAAUCUAGAGCAGAAACUUCAAGAAUCAAAGUUGGAGUUGGACCGUAAACAUAAAGUUAUACUAGGCAAUUUAGAACACAUAUAUCCAUCUCAACCGGGAUUGAAAACAAGAAACCCCAAUAUGGAUAGAAAGAGCUUAACUGAUGGAUCGAGGACGGAUGAUACCGACUCUAGAAAAGAAGCUGAGAAUAGCAAGAAGAAAGCAGACUUUCAGGUAAAGCUGAUCAAACGAUAUGAAAAGUACGUCGAAAAGGUAUCUUCCGUGCCUCUAAAACCGCAUAGAAAGCAGAGGAAUGUAAAUGAUGUGUACGUUCGUCCCUGGAUGACUGUAGAAAUAAAGAAUGAAAAGUCUAAAGAAUGGGAAGAAGUUGAAAUAUCUAUGCACGAAGUGGUCAGAAAUAAAGAAAAGCCCGCCAAAUACAUCUACGUAAUCGGAGACGCUGGCACGGGGAAAAGCAUGUUUUGUAAAAUGCUUGUGCAUUUCUGGUGUAUCGCUCAUUCGCAUCAAGAAAUCAGUUUAGACAAAUCUGACAUUAUGAUAGUAAAAGAAAUGCAAAACUUUAAAUUCUUAUUUUAUGUUUUACUGCGAUACUCUUCCGAUUGUGACAGUAUAGAAAAAAUGUUAGAGAAAUCAUAUCAUGAUCCUGCGCUUGGAGAUAUUUUACAAAAUGAAUCAGGUAAAUGUCUUAUUGUACUUGACGGUCUCGAUGAAUGGAUACCAGAAUGUAAACAUGAUUCGCAAUUUCUGACCCCAGGACUUCCAGGACGCGAGCUCGAUGCUAAUUAUACCAUUAUAACAACUUCAAGACAAUGGAAAUUUGAUACCUUGCAAAUAAGUGAUACUGAGGUAGAUAAAAGAAUCAAACUACGCGGAAUAGAUACAUAUCAAAUGAAACGCUUCACUGAGAAAACAGUCAAACUUUUAAACGACAGUUUUCAACAAAGCAAAAAUGCAGAGAAAUGUCAAUCUGAUCUUCAAAGCAGACGACUUUCCGAUAUCAGCCACAUACCAUUGAUCUUGCACCAAUUAAUAUGUCUAUGGUUUGACGAUAAACUCCGAGAAAAUUCGUGGUAUGCUAUAUACAGUAAUAUGUUAGCGCUCUUUUUUGAAAGGAAUGCGCUGAAGACGACUUCAAAAAAACAAGAAUGCGAGAUAGCUACACAAGCACGUAUGGACGUUUCACUUUUGCCUGACUACUUAUGUGAUAUCAAAGCCCUCCGAGAAAACAUCCGUGUUAUACAGUAUCUUUCACAGUUAGCGUACGAAACCCUUUUUGACAAAAACAAAGAAACCAAACUGACGUUCAGUAACUCAGCAUUAGAACGCCUGAACAUACCAAAUAAUGUUACAAAGUAUUGUUUGAACAUAGGCAUCUUAAUAGAAGAGCAAGACAUAAGUUUGCCUGCAAGUUCAAGUCAAAAAUCUUUAUUUUCAUUUUUUCACAAGUCCGUGCAAGAGUACCUAGCCGCUGUGUAUGUCGCUAGUCAGCUCAAAGAAAUGUUGAAGUCGCGGAAAUCAUUUCCGAUGAACAUGAUGAAUAACGAUGAUCAUGCAGACGUAUGCAAAACGUGCUUAAGGAAAUACUUUGGCAGUUGCAAAACGGUUGUUGAUAUCUUAGAUCAGUCAAAUGUGUUUAUUAUGCUUUGUGGAUUAGAAUCGCAGCUGCUGACAAAUGUUAGUGAGUAUAUUUAUGACGUAAUACUUGUUGACAAAUUGGUUGUUGAGGAAAGAAAUACAUUACCGAAACAUGAAUUUUCUUCGGAUCAUCAUAAUUUGAUAAAAGAUAUUCAAAUGUGCAUAUUUAUGUGUAUCGAAGGAGCUAUGUCAAGUGUGAAAAAUGUUCACACACCUGUGUAUAUUACCGAUAUUUACGUUUCGCAUUCACCAGAAUCUGAUUUGCUACGAUAUUGUGAGUAUGUUGUUUCAAAAUAUGUUCUAUCGAUAGAUUUGGAACAUUUUUGGUCGGACAUGAAAGAAACUGAUAAAGAAACCGUUUAUCUUGCCGUGAAACAUCUUGGAAAAUGUGAUCAAUUGAAAGCUAUAAAAUCCAGCAGUAUUGAUGACAGGAUUAAUAAUGAAAUCAAAAAAAUACUUGAUAAAAAUGUUUUCACGCUUGAAACUGUCAGUUUCUUAGAAACAGACAAGAAAAUCAUAACACAUCUUGUUCCGAUAUUACCGAAAAUGCAACAAUUAACUUCGCUUCAGAUGAAAGGGACUGAUCCCGUCAGUAUUCCACAUGAUGUUUGUUUGUCGUUGUGUACAUACCUGAAUCAGAAUACAAGUCUUAAGCAUUUAGCGUUUAAUAUAUAUUGUGAGAAUCGCGACAACCACAUGAUAGACCUAUCAAAACAUAAACAACUUCAGCAUGUUGAUUUUAGGUUUAGUUCAUUCCGUACGGUCAGUUGUAACACUGACAAUCUAGAAACGUGUAAGCUUAGUAUUGAAAGCGGUGACAUGAUGAAACAAGUGUGUAACAGUCUGUAUAAAGCAGAUAAAUUAAAAUAUCUUGAGCUGUAUGACUAUUUUUCUAUCUGCUCUUACAAAACUAUUACUGAAAGACUUAUCAGACUGCUGCCGUCAUUAGUCAGUCUCAAUACUCUAACGUUAUUGAACUUUACUUUUACUUACAAUGUUAUAGCACGUCCGUGUGAUAUGAAGAAUCUGAAAGAAAUAACACUUAAAUAUGUAAAAAUGAGUAUGACAACGUGGUGCAAGUUUAUAGACAGUCUUCCUGCACUGCCACAAGUAGCAAAGGUGAAAACAUUUCACAUGGAUAUUAUAGAUGGGACAAUAUUUGAAUACAGAAUUUGUGAUGAAAAACAGAAAGCAGCUGCACACCAGUAUGUUAGAGAGAAAACGAAUUUAUUCCGCGUGACACGUGAUGAUACCAAAUAUUUUCAUUUUACUACCAAGAAAGUGGGACUCUGAAUAUGAAUUUAUCAUAACGCAAAUUACGAUAACUUGAGUUGGCAUAAAUGUUGACAGUGUUUCAUGAAAAUAACGUGCAACAGAACUGUUUUAUAUCAAGCUUACAUUACAGCAUUUGUCGUAUGUCUUUUAAACAGUCCUUUUUAUAAAGAGAAAUGCAAAAAGUAUUUAUAUUUCUGAAUAGCUGUAAUAAAACGAAUAAUACAUCGUACUUCAGAUGUUUCUAGUCUAUAUGUAUAAUUUUAUUUAACACACUCAAUCUACAUUAAAAACAUGUAUAUACAAUUAUGACAAAGACAGUUACUGCGUUAAUCACACAGUAUAUAUCUUAUAAGAAAUUGUAACAGUUUUUUGUACUACUUUCCAUUCGAUAGGUGUUUCAUUGCAUGACAUCAGCAAUUUAUUUUCAUACAGCGAGUAUUAAUGUUGAACUAUAGACAGGUCAAUAGUACAAACUAUGGACCGGCGAUUUAUUUUAAAUGUCAUGUAACAAUUUGCCAUUGAUACUGGAAUUCUGCAGUAGAUCUAAAGAUUUAUUGAUAUCUUUGACUACUAUUGUAGUAAAGAAUGCGAUGAAGUGCAACAUUUCAAACUGUUUUAAUGGAAAGUCUUCUACAGCUUUAAUAAAUAUUUUACUCCUAUUUAAUUGUUUGCCAGUAAAUAGCAAAGACUAUUGCCCGAAGUCCGUUAAGACAUCAGAAGUAAAUUUCAGCCAAAUAUGUUUUCAAUGCUUAACUUUUGCACCAAGAAAUAUGGUGUUUAUUUUUAGAUCCGUCAAGUAACAAAAACCUGGACACUUGAUUUAUAGAAAGAGCAGUGUGAUAAAAUCUGAUGUCACAUCUCUUUCAUGCAUACAGUUUAUGUCAGCUUUUUCCCCUUUUUAGGACAUAGUCAUCAUAUCGCAAUGAAAUUUAUUCCCGGGGUUUAGUAAAAUUUUGCAUUCAUGAAGAGUUGGUUUGAAAAAAAUAAUUACAUACAAAAAACAAUUUAUCUAAAUUUGGCAUUACGUCUUCCACCAGAGUUGCAUUAAGUGAUAUUUAGAACCGAGUGUACUUUUUGCACAGAAGAAUGCAAACGAUACAUCAAAUGACUUUUGAUUAAUUAUGCUCUGAAAUAUGGAACAUUCUUGUGCGAUAAUGUCUAAAUUAGGAUUUUUUUGUGGUAGUGUUGUUUUUUAUCAUAUGUUAGCUAUGUUUGCUGAAAUAUCGAAAUAUCUUCAUUGUAACAAAUAGACGUAUGAUAUACUUGAAACGUCAGUGUCAAAUGAUUUUAUGACAGUUCUGUUAUGACAUUUUUGAAACCGUUAUAGUUUUAGGUUAUUAGAUGAGAAAUAUGCACGAGUUCUGCAGUGGAAAUAUUGCUUGACUUUAGGAGUGCAAUAUAAUUCCGCAAAAGAAGAGUGCAUAUAUUCCCGAUUCGAAUCUAAUUUCUUUUUUAUAAUUAUAUACGCAUCUACAUAAAUUAUUAUUAUAUAAAUGAUAUAUACUAUUUUUUUAACAUUUUAAACGCAACGACACAAAUGAAAAUGACGUCGCAAAUGACAUCAUGUCCCCGAUAUGAUAUAUGAACGUAAAUACGGUGAAAAUUUGUAGUUUCAUGUUGCAAUGUAACUUACCGAAGUUUAUAACUGGGUAUAUUAUAUUGUGUCUUGUAAAAUGGUAAAUAUCUGUGUUGUCACUGAGACACACCUUUAACAUAAUGUGUGUGAAUUUCAAAUUAAAUUUAUAUUUGAAGAUAUUUAGAUGAAAUUUAACGGAAGUACAAACAGAUAUAAUUGUGAUAUUGAAAUGCUUAGUAAUAUAUCUUAGAAUCUGAAAAAUCGGAGGUUUUCAAAUAUUUCAGACAUUACAAAUGAUGACUUGAAUAUUGUACAUGUCUAUACAUUUAAUGCACAAGUCUGUAAAUAAAUUCUGAAAGAUA